UAACAUAAAGAGGGUUGAAAACUCAGUGCAUGCAGAAUAAUUAAAAGAGACUGAAUUGGGAACCGAGAGAUUUAGUUUACAUUAAUUUUGCAUGCAUAAAGAAGAAUGGAUGCUUACAUUUCUCUCUCUAUAUAGCACUGAAAAUGACCAUUAUUUAAGCAGAAAACAGAAUCUCAUCAGAAGAAUAAAAGUGCAUCUGAAUGGCUCUGACUGAAGCUGAGUUUGAGAGCAGCAGCAUCAUGAAGGAAUGGAGCGGACAGGUUCAGCCGGCUUUGAUAGCAUCCUUCAUCAUCCUCUUCUUCCUGGAGGCCUGUCUUUGGGUCAGAAAUCUCACAAUCAAGAAAAGGCUUCCAGGCCCGUUCGCAUGGCCCUUAGUGGGCAACGCCAUGCAGCUGGGACAAAUGCCACACAUCACCUUCUCCAAGCUGGCAAAGAAGUACGGAAACGUCUACCAGAUCAGACUCGGGCGAAGCGACAUUGUGGUUCUGAAUGGAGACGCGGCUAUACGCAAGGCACUCAUUGAACACAGCACUGAAUUUGCCGGGAGGCCAAACUUUCUGUCUUUUCAGAUGAUCUCCGGCGGACGGAGCAUGGUGUUCAGCAGUUACAGCAAACAGUGGAAGGAGCAUCGGAAAGUAGCUCAAUCGACUUUAAGAGCAUUCUCGUUAGCCAACACUCAAACCAAACAGACAUUCGAACAACACGUUGUAGGCGAAGCCAUGGAUCUGGUCCAGAAGUUUCUGAGGCUCGGCGCCGACGGACGACACUUCAAUCCUUCGCACGAAUUCACCGUCGCCGCCGCAAACGUCAUCUGCGCGCUCUGCUUUGGGAAACGCUAUGGCCACGACGACCCCGAGUUCAGGACUCUCCUGAAAAGAGUGGAGAAGUUUGGCGAAACUGUUGGCGCUGGAAGCCUGGUGGAUGUUAUGCCUUGGCUGCAGUCGUUUCCCAAUCCGGUCCGAAGCGUUUAUCAAAACUUCAAGCUCAUUAAUGAAGAGUUCUUCGCUUAUGUGAAGGACAAAGUGAUGCAGCACAGAGACACCUAUGACCCUGCGGUCACCCGUGACAUGAGCGAUGCAAUCAUUGGCGUAAUUGAGCACGGGAAAGAGAGCAUGCUGACUAAAGACUUUGUUGAGUCUACGGUCACUGAUUUAAUUGGUGCAGGACAAGACACGGUGUCCACAGUCAUGCAAUGGAUACUUCUGCUUUUAGUCAAAUACCCAUCAAUCCAAACCAAACUCCAAGAGCAGAUUGAUAAAGUAGUAGGUCGUGACAGACUUCCAUCAAUAGAAGACAAGAGCAACCUGACCUACCUGGACGCCUUCAUCUACGAAACCAUGCGCUACACCAGCUUCGUCCCCGUCACCAUACCACACUCCACAACCGCAGACGUCACCAUCGAAGGUCUCCACAUCCCCAAAGACACCGUGGUGUUCAUCAACCAAUGGUCCGUCAACCACGACCCUCAAAAGUGGCAGGAUCCUCACAUCUUCAACCCGUCGAGAUUCCUGGACGAGACCGGAGCUCUGGAUAAAGACCUGACCAACAGCGUGAUGAUCUUCUCCACAGGUAAGAGAAGAUGCAUCGGCGAUCAGAUCGCCAAACUGGAGGUUUUUCUGUUCUCUGCCAUCCUUUUGCACCAGUGUUCGUUUGACAGCAACCCCUCUCAUGAUCUCUCCAUGGACUGCUCGUAUGGUUUAACACUGAAGCCGCUCCCUUACACAAUCUCAGCGAAGCUCAGAGGAAAAUUGUUUGGCUUGGUAUCGCCGGCAUGAGUUGUUUUUGUGACUAAAGCCCAGCAAAGACUGCACAUAUUACAAAUAUAUUCCACAUAACAAUGAGUAUUAGUAAAGCUGCACUGAAUGCUGUUUAGUAAAUCUAUAUUUAAUAUUUAUACAUGUUUGCAAUGAUUCAAUAAACUGAUUCAUAUAAUAUGUUGUCAGGUAGCUGAAGAGAUUCUUCUACACUCCUAAAUGGUAAUGUUUUAAUUGAUUUAUGUUUAUAAAACAUUGUUUAUGCUUCAAAAAAAUUAUAGAAAGACUGUAAUAUGAAACGUUUAUGGUCCAAUGCUAAA